AUGUCGGGAGUGAACGGUACUGACAUCUCCUCGUGGCUGCAAGACGUGCGGGAAGGGGUCGACCUCUCCUACUACAAUGUUGCAUUCAUGACCGUACUCCCCCUUUACGAUGCUGUGCUGACAUCUGCGCAGGAAUUGCAAAUCCUUUGGAGACAGCGUCCAAGACCGAAGUCGAUUUGCAUAUUUUACCUCAAUCGCUCAAGUCAAGUCCUUUUGGCUUUUGCGAUUGCCACGAAUUAUUUGUACGGGCCAUAUAGGGAUAUUUUGCAUAGCUGCAAAGGAGUUGUCACCAGCCAAACUGUCGCAUUCAUAAGUCUAUACGCCAUCCUCGCUUUUUCUGGGACUCUCAGAGCUUACGCACUCUGCGGACAGAGGUGGUACUUGUGCAUCACGGUCCUUGUUUUAGCGUUGGUACCCUGCUUCCAAGACAUUAUCAUUCUAGCUGCGUCUGUAAUAUACGCAACAGAGACGCAGUGCAUCUUCGAUAUAGCGCUUAUUAAAUGGACGGGAACCAUUGAACAAGGUACUGUUGAUGCUAUGGGUAGCUCACCCGGUCCACGAGUUCUGAUAAUAGCCCCAGCGAUAAUGAUCUCUGCACGUCUCUGUGUCAUUGCAAGCGAUUCCAUUGUUAUCGUUGUAACAUUAUGGAGAGUACUCAAGCAUGGGGACGAUCCUGGAAUACGAACUACCUUUUGUCAUAACCCAGGCGUUUGGUACUUCUUAUCACUCGCUGUGCUGAACAUCGUGGACAUCAUGAUGUACUACCUAUGCCUUGUGCUCCGUAUUACUAUCCCGCUUUCUCUUGGACAUUAG